AUGGACGGGGCUCCUAGAGGUCGUGGCGCUAGAGGGCGCGAUGCUAAAGGCCGUGGUGGCAGAGUUGGCCGUGGUGGUAGAGCUGGAGGCCGAGCAGGCCGAGGUGGUAGUCGUGGGCUUCCGGAGGAGUCGGGAGAGAGUGCAGCGCUGAGUGUGGCGACUGCGUCGGUGACCCAGUCUGUAUCCGUAGUGAGUGAGGCCAGUGUGCAUGCGAGUGUUGGUUUGGCAGCGGGGGCUGCUCCGGGAGUACCGCCAGUGGCAGAGGUGCAGCAUGUUGCUGCAGAGGUUGUGCAGCCGGGGGCUGCGGGUGCGGGUGUGUCUCGUUAUUUAGAGUUUAUGAGGCACAUGCAGAGGAUUGGUACGCCUUUCUUUGAGGGCAGAGUUAGUCCUAAGGUGGCGGACGCUUGGCGUUAG